GUAUUUUCGUCAUUUAUUAUUUUGUUUCAGGCCCCCAGCAAUGUGAAAUCUGAAAUGUAAAUUAAUAAGUGCCUCUUCGAUACCAAACGACGACGACGACUCCCGUUAAACUGCUCAAGCUCAACAGAGAAGGUCGCCAUGUCGCAGGAAGAACCCAGUGCGUCCACGACGGAAACAUUUUCACACGAGCCCGAAAUUUCUGUGGGUCGCGGACCGCGUAUUUCCCAACAGCAGCUGAACUCUAAAAGUGAAAAUUCUGGUGGCAACGAUAGCAGCAGCGGUGGCUCAGGUAACAGCGAUUCUGGCGGCGGCAGCUCGACCAGUUCUAAGGAUGACAGCUCAGUGGAUCACGCGAUACAAACAAAACCCCAGCAGCAGAAAGUCCUUAAUGAUCCUCGCUUUCGGAUCCGACCCACCCAACAGGUGAUCUCGGCCUGCACUGGGGCCAUGAUUACCGCCUGCUUUAUGACCCUGGAUGUGAUUAAGACCCGCAUGCAGUCGCAGCAGUCGCCGUCGCACAAAUGUUUCUUCUACUCCAAUGGCCUGAUGGAUCACCUCUUUCCCUGCGGACCCAAUGGUCAGGCAGCGAAGCCCAGCAAACGACGGCGGAGACCACAGUUUCGGAGUACAUGGGAUGCUCUGGUGAAAAUCAGCCGGCAUGAGGGACCCGCUGCCUUGUGGUCCGGCCUGGGACCCACUCUUGUCUCUGCCCUGCCUUCAACGAUUAUCUAUUUUGUGGCCUACGAGCAGUUCAAGGCGAAUUAUAUGCAGUUGUAUGAGCGACACUUUAAUGGCAGGAUGGAGCAUACGCCUCAGUUACUCUUAAAAAAACCUAGAGAUGGCCUACCGCCGCUGGUUCCCAUGAUGUCUGGGAUAACGGCUCGGAUCUGUGCCGUGUCAGUGGUGAGUCCCAUUGAACUGGUACGUACCAAGAUGCAGGCCCAGCGCCAGACCUAUACCCAGAUAAUACAAUUCGUGCGGAAUGUGAUCGCCCUGCAGGGCAUCUGGGGAUUGUGGCGGGGCCUGAGACCCACGAUCCUCAGGGAUGUGCCAUUUUCGGGGAUAUACUGGCCCAUCUAUGAGUACCUUAAGCUAAAUCUGGGAAAUCAGCCGUCGUUUAGUCGAAGUUUCUUGGCUGGGGUGCUGGCUGGUUCAGUGGCCGCCGUAGUUACCACACCCUUUGACGUGGUCAAAACCCACGAACAGGUGGAGUUCGGCGAAAAGGUCAUAUUCACGGAUUCGCCGGCACGGGAUCUGGGCAAGAGACCUGGAACUUUUAGCCGACUGAAGGCGAUCCACAAGCUGCACGGAGUGCGAGGACUUUUCACGGGCGUGGCACCCAGGCUACUGAAGGUGGCACCCGCCUGCGCCAUCAUGAUCUCCAGCUUUGAGUACAGCAAGUCCUUCUUCUUUAACUACAAUGUGCGGCAUCACAGUGAGACGCUGCUGAUGAGCAAUCCGAAUCCUGAGUUGACCAAAGAGGACUAGCGGAUCAUCUCCCUCUUCUCUUUUUUAAGUCAACAGCCCAUAUUUUAUGUAAUCCCCGGGCUCCGAGCCCGAUCCAAUAUACCAAUUAAGCUGCGCAACGCUUUACGUGUGA